AUGCUAAAUAAAACUACACUUGACAAUUCUACCAAUACAACACGGUCUGGCAGCACUCCUAAGAAGCAGUUAUCAAUGUGCUUUGAAAGAUCACCGAUAAAGCACCAAACAAAUGCCAUGAAUUCUUCAGGCAUUCAAGACUUUUAUUGUUUUUCUCCCAUAAAUUCCAAAGCCAGGAUAUCAUGGGAGCCUUACUCAGAUAGUAAAAAGCAUUUAUCUCCAGUAAGAGCCAAAGAAGGUCUAAAUCUAUUGAAUUUUAAAAACGAGAAGCUUAAAAUUGAAGUAGAGAGAGACCGCCUUAAGCAGCAUUCCCGAGAUAUUGAAAUAAAAUUAUCUGAAGCGACAGACCAAAUUAGCCAGCUUAAAGCAGAACUAGAAUAUAAAGAUGAAAUGUUGAAGCACCUCAGCAAAUUAGUGGAAGAAAGAGAAGAAAAGUUUAAAGAUUUGUUCAGUAAAGAAACAUGCGGAUAUCAGGAAAUUAUAAAACAAAAAGAAAGCAUUAUUAAAGAUCUGAAAUCUAAAAUACAAAAAUAUAAAAAAUCAGAAAUAAGAAGAAAAGAGACUAUUAAGGCAGAAAACGACUGUUUGAAUACAAAAAUUGAUAAAAUUAUAGAGAAAAAUGAUGAAUGUGAAUUAAAAACAUCCUUAAAAACAGAUGAAAGCCUUUUACUUGAAUUUGCAGAAGAUAUUGAUCUCUUUGUAAGUAGCAUCCCAUUAAAAGCAAAAUCUAACAUAAGAAAGCAUCCUGAAAUAUUAUCCAUAAUCGACCAAAUUGGAGAAUUGAAACAAAUUUUAUUAUGUGUAAUGAAAGGUGAAAAGAUACCUUGGAAGGUACUAAUGGAUCACGAAGAUGUCACAAUUGCAGAAGAUUCAAAGAAAAAAACGUUAAGUGAUGCAUUAAAUGAUCUUUGUGAAAUUAGAAAAAUAUUAUCAGACAUAUAUGUAGAAGGCUGCGGCAGUAAGAGUGCAGUGUAA